UUUUGAGCUGUUUUGAGGAAUUUGUGCGCUCUGGGUUCAUUCAUUUCCCGAGUCUCGUCACCGACGGUCGCGAUUAAGCGGAGUGCGCUGUAGAGCUGAAGGAAAACGUCCACGCGGCGUUUGUCAACUUGCCCGAGUUGGACAAAAAUAUAUUUUUGUUCAAGUCAAUGCAUCGGUAACCAGUGAAUCAAAUUUUAGUCAUUUGUUAUUUGCAAUAGUUUCCUCUUAGCCCAAUGUUAGUUUUUCGUAUUUUUACACGUAAAAAGUGUUAAUUAAUUUGUGUCACAGAAAAUUUCUCGGGUAAGAAGCUCAAGUGGCUCAAGAAGCAAUUCAGUUCGGUCAGUGUGAGUGUGGGAAAGCGAAUACGACACAGCAAAGUGUAGAUUGCGAUCAUCACCUAUUAAGGCGGAAAUAGUGUCUUGUGAAAGCAAAUCGUGUCGGCUUAGAUCAUUUGAUCUUAUAGAUUUCAAACCACUGCGCAGUGCACCUUGUGACUUAGUGUGUGACGCCUCAGCCCGGUUACAUCCGCAAUCGUAGCGCUGAUUGCUACGAAACUGGCAACUACUGAACUUGGCUUGAAAUUCGCAGUUCGGCACCUUCGCAACCGACCGACGCAACAACAUCCGCCCACUGCCGGUGAAUUCACCCGGCUGGACCCACUCGAACAACAUCCGGUUUUCAAUGGGUUGACACGAGUUCUGCAGCUGCUUCCGGACGACGGGAAAUAAAAUAUAGUUUGUAAGCGUUGCAGUCAGUCAGUGUGUGGGACUGCCCAGGCCACCCUUCGUACACGAACACGGACUUUGAAGGAAAACACGUCGUCGGAACCAUCCCACAAAGUAUCGGAGCCGUCGGAGCUUCCUACACCUUUGACCCCAUCAGAACCAUCGUCAUCCUGGUGUCCACUCGGAAAACAUCACAGCAGUACCGUGCGGAAACGGUCCCUCUAGCCACCAGCAUCACCAUUCAUUUGCUCCCGGGCAUUCACCGCUCCGCAAACGCAUUCCAAUGAGAGUAGUCGACGGGAGUUCUGCUCCGUACAACUUGGCGUCCCGCAAGGCAGCCCAGAGCGUCCGAGAAGGCCUGGCCCCGGCAGGAUUGGCCACUCAGUUUUGCUACCGAUACUUCGAAGUCUCCACGAUUCUGCUGCAUCUGUUCAUCGGCUUGGGUCUGGUGAUCUCCGACCUCAACUAUAACAGCCAGGCCUAGCUCCCGCCACUCCGCCUCGCGGUGCAACUGGCGGUUAAGUUAAGUUCGACGAAAGUUCAAAUUGUGAUCCGUCCCUACAAUUGAAUCUACACUACGCGAGCGAGAAGAGUGCAGUUGCAGUUUGUCGAAGAGGAAGGCGCGAAGAAGAGUGUAUCUGUGAGAGAAAGUAGCUUUAAUUCUUAACGAAACUAGUGUUUUCUGUGCGAGCGAGAAAAAGAGAGAAGAAUCGUUUAGUUGAUUACACCUUAUUGUGUUCAGAAGUUCUAGCCAAAAUAGCUAUCAUGUUGAAAGUAGUCGGUGCAUCGUGGUACAAAACGCGGAUAAGUACCUACAUUCUUGCAGGUGCUUUUAUGCUGGCGUUCGGGGCAUUCUUCAUCGCCGAUAUGGAUAGGCCAAACUACAGUGGAACGUACUGUGCCACCGCAUACUGGGCUCGCAACUCGGGCUUCCGUGUCGAGUUCUGGGGCCAGCGAGAUGACCUGGAGGAGGUUCCACCUGGUGCCGUUCGGGCCUGUUUCAAGCACAGCCUCAUGGAGAGCGGCUGGUCCCAAUUGGAGUUGGAAUCCCAACCGGAGUACCCGGACAGCAUUCAGGCAUUUGCCGCCGGAAUGCUCGAGGGCGCCCUGACCUGGAACAACAUCUAUCUGCACUGGUCCAAUACCAUCGAAUCGGAGUGCAGUCGGGAUGAUCAGUCGGAGGAAUUCUGCCAUUGGUUGCGUCGCAUCAUCAGCACCAAUGUGGAAACCGUCAAGAAGAUGGCCGAUAUGAAGGGGAAGAACGAUCACUACUGGUACCAGAUUGGGUUGUUCUUUGAUCAGUUGGAUGGGUUGGAGUUCGGAUUCCGCAAGGGUGUCCGCAGGUCUCGUUUGGAUCAUGAGAUUCCCAUGGAGGACUUCCUGUUGAUGAACAGUGCGGUGGACAUUCGCGAUCUCAAAGCAUACUAUAUGAAUUUCCUGGACAGCGAGAGUGGAAUGCAAGUGGAGCCGAAUAAGGGCAUGAUGCUGCUGAAGCUGGUCGAGAGCGUUACUGGAAAGGUGAACAUUUUGCUGGGUCACACGAGCGAUGGCAGCUAUGCUUCUAUGUUGAGGAUGAUGAAGAAGUACACGUUGAACUACCAUUUCUCGGAGGAAUCGAUUGUCGAACGGGUUGUUCCGAACACGAACAUAGUUUUCACCGGAUAUCCAGCAGUUUUGGCAUCGCUAGACGACUUCUACAUGCUUUCGGGAAAACACCACCGAAUGGUAGUAGCCGGCAUCAAGAUCAAAAACGAUAAUCUGAAUCUCUGGACAAAGAUCGACUUGGUGCGAUCGGUGUCGUUGGCUCCCAGGGUAAUGGCUUGCAAUCGGUUGGCUCACAGUGGCCGCGUUUGGUCCAAGUAUUUCGCACGAAGCCCCUCGACUGGAGCCAAGCAAUGGCUUUUGGUAGAUCUGACGCGGCUGAAUCGUGAAAACGAGCUAAUGGACGACUCGGCUGAAGUCGAAGAAAUGCUGUUGAGCCAUGCCGAGUAUGACGACCCAAGAGCUACGAGGAAAAUGCAGAGCACGGACUACGUGGAGGUCGACUUCGAAGGAAUCGUAAGGAAGAUGACCUCCAUCGGAAAGAUCAGCGACGGAGGAUUGUUUUGGGUGGUUGAUCAACUGCCGGGACGACUGCACGCCGAAGACAUGACUGAAAAAAUCGUGAGAGAUGGAUAUUGGUUGGGCACUGGAAUUCCUACUUUUGGGGAAUUAGCCGAUAUCGGUCAAGUGAAGACCAAUGGGACUGACUCGCAACGACAUUCCAUUCAGGAGAAAAUCCUCAACAACAUCACCGACCUCGAGGGUCUAGCGAAGUUUAUCCGCCAAAGUGCGUACCGUGGCGAUCUGGACCAGCAGCAUCCGACCGCGUUCGGAAACAUCGACAUGAAACUGUUCGAGGAAACGAACGCCAGCAACGGCACGGGACUUUUCCAGGCCUAUUCGGGACCGUUGUACGAUCCGAUAACCGACGGACAGGCUGUGAAACGUAGCAUUGAGAGUGACGGCGACGGUGAAGCGGAAGCCAUUAUCCCAGCAGUUGUCGUAGCCAAGAAGAAACGGGUCAAGCCGUUUGAUUGGGAUGCGGCCAAAAAGCUGGAUGUUCCCCACCAGGGACAACCGACGUUAUGGAACUUUAGCCGACAGUCGCCAAACUGGGCCUGGUUAUGAAACAGUGUGCCUUAUAGUGUUAAGCUUUUACUUAAACGGACAUGCUUUAAAUCAGUCGUUAUAGUAGAAUAAUGAAAUUUUUGAUAGACGGGAAGCACAAAUCGUUUCCGGCAACUUUUUAUUCGAUUUGUAAUAAAAAUAGUAAAAUUUCUUAAAACA